GUCUCAAUUUUUUCAAAUGGUCAACUUCCCCAAGAAGAAGGUGCUGCACUGCCCUGACAAGCGCUGCAAUGCGCACAAGACCUUUAAGGUGGUCCAGUACAAGGCUGGCAAGGCCCGUCUUUACGCUCGUGGUAAGCGUCGCUACGAUCGCAAGCAAUCUGGUUAUGGUGGUCAGACGAAGCCUAUUUUCCACAAGAAGGCCAAGACUACGAAGAAGAUUGUGCUGAAGCUUCAGUGUUCCAGUUGCAAGUCUGUCAUUCAGAGCGUCCUCAAACGCACUAAACAUUUUGAGCUGAACGAUAAGAAGAAGACUGGCAACAAGGACCCAACCUGGUAAAGGAAGCUAUGGCCUAGUAUAUUGCAUUGAGAUGAUGCUUUUUAUUUCUUAUUAAUCUUUAAAAAA